CGUGUGUCAGUGAAUGAAUUGUUCGGUCUCGCUCUUCGUACAACAUAAACAUAACGUUUUCUUACUCGUUUUUCUACUUUCCCACCUCCCCAACACACCGCCAGAAUGGACAACAUUUCGGCUCUAUUUUCCUCCCCGGAGGAAGAGCAGUACGUUUUGGACUGCAUGGCUUACUUCAUGAUUUUAAUGGCAGCGUGCACGUUCGUGUGCCUACUGUUCGUGAACGCGUCUUACGGACGGUACAGUUCGAGCAAAUAUGGAUUCCUGAUAAAUGUGAAGCUGGCCUGGUUUAUCCAGGAGCUGCCCGCGUUCCUGGUGCCCGUGUAUCUGUUAGUGUGGACAUCCUCGGAGAAAAGGUCCCUGCUUGCCAAUCAGUUGCUCAUUGCAAUGUUUUUGUGCCACUAUACUCAGAGAGCAUUGAUUUACCCAUUUUUAAUCAGGGAAGGAAAACCGACACCAUUUCUCCCCUUUUUCCUGGCUGUUAUUUUCUGCACAUACAAUGGUUUCAUGCAGAUCAGAUAUCUGAGCCACUAUGCAGAGUAUCCUGCAGACUGGGUGACGAAUCCAUGCUUCAUCGCAGGUUCUCUGCUGUGGCUGUUUGGCUGGCUAAUAAAUUUGCACUCGGACCACAUCCUGAGAAAUCUGAGGGGUCCUGGAGAGAGCGGAUAUAAGAUCCCCAGAGGUGGAAUGUUCGAGUAUGUAUCCGCAGCCAACUAUUUUGGGGAGAUAACCGAAUGGACGGGCUUCGCUCUGGCGGGCCAAUCUGUUCACAGCGCGGCCUUCGCCAUCUUCACCACAGUGGUCCUUAGCAGCAGAGGUUUUGCCCACCACAAAUGGUACCUUGCUAAAUUUGAGGACUACCCCAAAACAAGGAAGGCAUUGCUACCUUUUGUGGUUUAGGAUAAUCACAAAUAUAGUGAAGCACUUUUUUUUUUUUUAACGUUGACCCACCUGCUAUCGGUAAAAAUCUGCAAUACAGAGCGAUCGUAUUGGUAAGGGGAAGCACUUUUAACAGCUUUAACAUGUUUUGAAACUCACGUCAACUUAAAUAAAUGGCCAAGCAGCUUGCCAAGCCAGCCUUGCCAUUGAACAGCCACUGGACUGGAUGCGAUGAGUCAGUAACCUUUAAUUCAUCUCAAGACAUCUACCCCCCCUCCCCCCUUCUGACCUCAUCUCUGUGUGAGCGUAAAAAAAAAAAGAAACCUAAGCGCACCUCAGGCCUGUAACCAUAGCAGGCCCGUCUGUUCUUGGAUUCCAUGCCACAAACGGAGCCUGAACAGGGGGCAGGGGGGGGCGUCGCUCUCAAUCACUCAGCCGCGCCUGAAAUGAACGGCGUCGAAGUUGGCACUGGCAAUCGUGGAUGUUUUAUGAGAGGCCGCUGCAGAGUUAAGGGAUUGUGCAACAUGUUCAUAAAUGACAAUAAAUUGUGUCGGAUUACAAGAGAAAA